UUUCACGCGAAACCUCCAGUCGCUCAUGUACCGGCAGCUACCGCUGAGCCCAAAUUUCCCAUCACUGUCAGUCACGCCCCCCAAGAUGACCGGAAGUACUAAACGACAAAUUGCUCUGCUGAUACUGAUUCUUGGUGGAUUGUUUGGCGAUAACCUGCGCGGGCUUAGCGUUAGCGAUUGGUGGGAAAAGGCCGGCUUCUACCAGAUUUAUCCGCGCUCGUUCAAAGACAGCGACGGUGAUGGGGUUGGUGAUCUGAAGGGAAUUACGGAAAAGCUGGAGUACAUCAAGUCGCUUGGGAUGAAAGCGUUUUGGCUGUCGCCGAUCUACAAGAGUCCGAUGGCGGACUUUGGGUAUGACAUCUCGAGUUUUGUGGAGAUCCAGCCGGAGUACGGGACGAUGACGGAUUUUGAGAAUAAGGAGUUGGGAUUGAAGGUGAUUCUGGACUUUGUGCCGAAUCACUCGAGCGAUGAGCAUGAGUGGUUCGUGAAGAGUGAGAGUCGUGAGGUUGGGUAUGAGGACUUUUACGUGUGGCAUGACGGUAUUGUUGGUAGUAAUGGGCAGAGAUCGCCACCGAAUAAUUGGAAUGAAGCAUUCCGAGGAAGUGCCUGGCAGUGGAGUGCGACACGGCAGCAGUUCUACCUGCAUCAGUUCCACCGGAAGCAACCGGAUCUGAACUAUCGCAAUUCGGCUGUCGUGGAGGCGAUGAAGAACGUGUUGAGAUUCUGGCUUGGCAAGGGCGUUGAUGGAUUCCGGGUAGAUGCCGUUUCGAAUCUGUUUGAAGAUCAACAGCUGCGAGAUGAGCCACCGUCCGGAGAAUCUUUGGACGAUCCGUUACGACCGCAAUACCUGGACCACAUCUACACGCAGGAUCAACCGGAAACUGUUAAUAUGGUGUACCAAUGGCGAGAGGUGAUGGAUGCGUAUCAAAAGCAGCAUGGUGGUGAAACUCGAGUAUUGAUGACUGAGGCUUGGUCAGCUCUGUCAGUUAUUAAAACGUACUUCCACGAUUCCGAUGGACGGUUGGGAUCCCAAAUGCCGUUCAACUUUCAAUUUAUUCUUCACUUGAAUCAGAACUCGAAUGCUGCUGAUUUUAAGACGGUGAUUGAGUCGUGGCUGGAUACGGUUCCCGUAGGACAUGCACCCAACUGGGUGCUAGGGAAUCACGACGUUCGUCGCGUGGCCUCACGUAUGGGAGGAGAACACAUGGCGGACAUCAUGGAGAUGGUCGAGCUGUCCCUGCCGGGGGUUUCCAUCACCUAUCAGGGAGAAGAACUGGGCAUGACCGAUACCGAGCUUAGCUGGACCGACACCAAGGAUCCGUCCGCAUGUCAAACCGAUGAAUACGUCUAUCAACAGUACACCCGUGAUCCCGCAAGAACUCCAUUCCAGUGGGAUGCCACGUCAAAUGCUGGAUUUACAACAGCAAGCAAACCGUGGCUUCCGAUUAACCCCAACUAUGCGACGACCAACGUAGAUUCGGAGCAGCAAGCGGACAAUAGCCACCUCAAAGUGUUUAAAGAGUUGGUAAAACUUCGCGACGAAGAUGAUUUUCACAGUUUUCAAUACGGGACAGCUGCGCUGGGCCAGAGCACAUUUGCUAUCAUCCGAACCACAAACAGCAGGACAUACUUUACGUUGGUCAAUCUGGCGAAUGCUCAGGACACGGUCAAUGUCGCUGAACUGUUCAGCAGGUUCAAUACUACCAAAUCGUUCGAUACUGCAAUCGUUAGGGUGGCAAGUGUUUCCUCAAAGAGGACCGCUAAGGAAUCGGUUACGUUGAGUUCGAUUCAGCUGGAUCCGUAUGAAGGGCUUGUAGUGCAAAUAAUGAUGGAGUUCAGGAAAUUUAGUCUUAAAAUCAUUCUGAUAUCACUUCUUGCUAGUGAUACCUCAUCCGAAGGCCUCCGAGAGCUUCACGUCAGCGAUUGGUGGGAGAAGGCCGGCUUCUACCAGAUCUACCCGCGUUCCUUCAAGGACAGCGAUGGAGACGGUAUCGGGGAUCUGAACGGCAUCACCGCAAAGCUACCCUACCUCAAGGACAUUGGAGUGAAGGCGUUCUGGCUGUCGCCCAUCUUCACGAGUCCGAUGGUGGACUUUGGCUACGACAUUUCCGAUUUUGUGGACAUUCAACCGGAGUACGGAACGAUGACGGACUUUGAGAAUCUGGUGCAGGAGGCGAAACGGCUGGGGUUGCGGAUCAUUCUGGACUUUGUGCCGAAUCACUCGAGCGAUGAGCACGAAUGGUUUGGCAAGAGUGAGAAUCGAGAGCCGGGGUAUGAGGACUUUUACGUGUGGAACGAUGGCCUGUUGGAGAACGAUGGGACGCGAUCGCCACCGAACAAUUGGAAUGAAGACUUUGGUGGUAGUGCAUGGCAAUGGAGUGAGAAACGGCAACAGUUCUACUUGCAUCAGUUCCACCGGAAGCAACCGGAUCUGAACUACCGCAAUCCGGCUGUGGUGGUAGCAAUGAAGAACGUGUUGAGAUUUUGGCUCGGCAAGGGCGUUGACGGAUUCCGAGUUGAUGCCGUGCCAUGGCUGUUUGAGGAUGAGCAGCUACGAGAUGAACCUCCAUCGGGACUAUCACCCGACAAUCCGUUACGACCGGAAUACCUUAACCGUAUCUACACGAGGGAUCUACCGGAAGCGGUUGAUAUGGUGUACCAGUGGCGCGAAGUGAUGGAUGAAUAUCGGAAGAAUCACGGUGGUGACACACGGGUAUUGAUGACCGAAGCAUGGUCUGAUCUACCGAUCGUAGCAACGUACUUCAACGACUCCAACGGACGCUUGGGAUCCCAAAUGCCGUUCAACUUUCAACUGAUUCUUCACCUGGAUAAAACUUCGAAAGCCACCGACUUCAAGACGGUGAUCGACUCGUGGCUGGACACGGUCCCCGUUGGACAUGCUCCUAACUGGGUCAUCGGAAACCACGAUCGAAGACGUGUUGCGUCCAGAAUGGGUGGUGAUCAUAUGGCGGACAUCAUGGCGAUGGUCGAACUUUCCAUGCCGGGUGUUUCUGUUACGUACCAGGGCGAUGAGCUCGGUAUGGUCGAUACCGAGGUCAGCUGGGAAGAAACCAAAGAUCCGAACGCUUGUCAAUCCAACGAGAAUGUCUACCAACAGUAUUCCCGCGAUCCAGAGCGUAAGGACUAGUGGGAUGCUACGACGAACGCUGGCUUCACGACCGCUAGCAAGCCGUGGCUUCCGGUGAAUCCGAACUAUGUUACGAUCAACGUAGAAGCAGAACAGCAGUCGGCCAAAAGUCACCUGAAGGUGUUCGAAGAGUUGAUGAAGUUGCGAGAUGAAGAUGAUUUUCAUAGCAACAGGUACGGGACAGCCGUUCUGGGAACGAAUACGUUCGUGAUUCUACGUGCUGGAGAUGGCGCAACAUACUACACGUUGGUCAAUUUGGCGAAUGCCCAAGACACGGUCAAUGUCGCUGAAAUCUUCACCAAAUUCAGCACUACCAAAUCGUUCGAUACUGCAGUCGUUAGGGUGGCUAGUGUUUCCUCAAAGAGGACCGCUAAGGAAUCGGUAACGCUGAGUUCGAUUCAACUGGAUCCGUAUGAAGCACUGGUAAUACAAAGUGGAGCGAAAAUCUCCACGAGUAUGAUUACGUUGAUAGUGCUGGCAUUGACUGCGCUCUUCCAGUAUCGUUGAUAUUCCAACUAAGAAUAAAACAAUCUUCCCAGAAGCGUAGUCCGCUCAAUUACCUGAAAGAAUCUUCCUGACCGACUCAAUUGAGCGGCACUGCUCAAAGAAAUCGCUAUUCCUAGAACCAGGCGCCUUAACAACACAGU